GCGUGGUAUUCUUCGUUGCUCAGCAGCGCCUGAGCAGAGUAAGCCCAGCGCCUCCGCCAUAUCGCUUCGGCCAGCACCGUCCCCUUGCGGCAGUCGAAUGCCCGAUAAGACAGACAUGCUGUUCAUCACAAGCAGGGCCGCUCAGUGCAGUGGCGAUGGUGAAAAUCCGGGGUGCGUCCUCGAGGCUUGACGAGUCACACACAAUUCGUCGAGUCCGCCCAUGCCAGCGAGGCAGCCCGGAUGGAAUCAUCAUUCUAGAUUUAUGCGAGAGUCAUCCGACCACCGUCCACUUGGGUAUAGAAGUGUGAUGGGCGAGCAGCUGCGUUGCUGCGCCGAUGGCAAGCGAUCCCUGCCUGAUGAUCCGAUGCAUCACCAGCCCGGUUCAGCCCGGUUGCCGAAUCAACCGCGGCCUGCCACAGUAACGCCACCGGCCAAUCACGCCGCAGCAAGCGCUCUGGAGAGAAACAUAUUGAUCUCUCGUCGCUCGGCCAUCAGCUCGCUACGUCUUGCAGAUUGUCUCUUCAGCAGCUUCAAUUCUGCCGAAACCACCGUCGCUGAACCGUCGCUGAACCGUCACCCACACAAAGAAGGAGAGCCCGUUGACAGCUGGCGCGCAGGUACAGUACGUCUCGUUUGCAGUGUCGGCGCUUCGCUGGGCCCUGGCCCCUGGGCCCUGGGGCGCGCGUGCGUCAUAGCCACUCGUUCGCAUGCGAUGACGCCGAUGCGAAGCCGCACCUGCCGCUGACUUGUUGUGCACAGCAAUCUCCAUCUUCGCCGCACGUCCUCCCAGCUUCUCCAGCUUCUACAACUUCAACAACUUCUACAAGCUCUCUCCAUUUCACAUUUUCACAUCUUCGCAUCCGUAUCUGCGUUGUUGGCGCUCUGAC